AUGGGACAGGCUCCGUCAAGCGGCAAGGGCCCAGGCGACAAGAAGGACGACAAGAAGGCGCCCAAGUGGGAGGCGCCCGUUCCUACGCGCGUCGGCAAGAAGAAGAAGCGCGGCCCGGAUGCAGCGACGCGUCUCCCUCCUGUCUUCCCAACGACGCGGUGCAAGCUCAAGAUGCUCAAAAUGGAGCGCAUCAAGGACUACUUGUUGCUCGAGGAAGAGUUCCUGACGAACGCGGCGUUAACGGCGGGCGAGGACCGGACAGCAGCGGACCGGACGCGUGUUGACGAGCUUCGUGGGUCGCCUAUGGGUGUUGGUACGCUCGAGGAGAUUAUCGACGAUGAACACGCCAUCGUUUCGGUUGGCAACGGACCAGAGCACUAUGUUGGCAUCAUGUCGUUUGUCGACAAGGACCUCCUGGAACCAGGCUGCUCAGUGUUGCUGCACCACAAGACGCAUGCCAUUGUCGGCGUACUCGCCGACGACGCCGAUCCCAUGGUCUCGGUCAUGAAGCUUGACAAGGCGCCAACAGAGAGCUACGCCGACAUCGGUGGUCUCGAGACCCAGAUCCAGGAGAUCAAGGAGAGUGUCGAGCUCCCCCUCACCCACCCCGAACUGUACGAGGAGAUGGGCAUUCGGCCACCUAAGGGUGUCAUCCUGUACGGCGUACCGGGUACCGGCAAGACCCUGCUCGCCAAGGCUGUCGCCAACCAGACAUCGGCCACCUUCCUUCGCAUCGUCGGCUCUGAGCUCAUCCAGAAGUACCUUGGUGACGGCCCCAAGCUCGUGCGUGAGCUCUUCCGUGUUGCCGAAGAGCAUGCUCCCAGUAUCGUCUUCAUCGACGAGAUCGACGCUGUCGGCACCAAGCGUUACGACUCGACAUCUGGCGGUGAGCGCGAGAUCCAACGCACCAUGCUCGAGCUCCUCAACCAGCUGGACGGUUUCGACGAGCGCGGAGACGUCAAGGUCAUCAUGGCGACGAACCGGAUCGAGUCUCUGGACCCCGCACUCAUCCGUCCUGGUCGUAUCGACCGCAAGAUUGAAUUCCCACUCCCAGACACCAAGACGAAGCGUCAUAUCUUCAAGCUGCACACAUCGCGCAUGUCGCUCGCCGAUGACGUCGACCUGGAGGAGCUCGUCAUGACCAAGGACGACCUCUCGGGUGCCGACAUCAAGGCCGUGUGUACCGAGGCUGGUCUGCUUGCGCUGCGUGAGCGCCGCAUGCGCGUGACUAAGGAGGACUUUACGCAGGCGCGCGAGAAGGUUCUCUACCGCAAGGACGAGAACACGCCAGCAGGAUUGUAUCUGUGA